AUGUCUCUGCAAGCUCUAGCAUCCCGGCUCCAUCCCGCUUCCCACCUCAGCCGAACCGCGCUUCUCAGAUCUGCUAUAAGACGGUCGUCUUCGCUCUCGAACGCUGCGGGCCGUGAUGGUACCGCUCUCAAUUCCAUCCUGAUCGCCAAUCGUGGUGAGAUCGCGCUACGAGUAGGAAGGACCGCUGGACAACACGGCGUACGAGUAACUACGUUAUAUACCGACCCCGAUGCGCGAUCACAACAUGCCUUGAGUUCGCCGUUUGCCUUCAACCUCGGCGAGACUUCCGCCUACCUCGAUGGAGACCGGAUAAUCGAGAUUGCGAAGAGGGAGGGAUGCAAGGGAAUUCACCCUGGAUAUGGCUUUCUAAGUGAAAAUUCCGGUUUUGCGCAGAAAUGCUCACAGGCGGGACUCGUGUUUAUUGGGCCUCCAUUCACAGCCAUCGAGGCCAUGGGUGAUAAAAGUCGAUCAAAAGAGAUCAUGACUGCUGCUGGUGUUCCAUGUGUACCUGGCUACCAUGGAUCGAACCAAGACCCAGAAUUUCUUCAGACAGAAGCAGACAAAAUUGGAUAUCCGGUCUUGAUCAAAGCUAUCAAAGGAGGCGGUGGUAAGGGUAUGCGUAUCUGCAGCUCGAAGGAGACGUUCCAGGACCAACUUGCCUCCGCAAAAUCUGAAUCAAGAAACUCGUUUGCCGAUGAUCAGGUUCUGAUUGAAAAGUAUAUCACGACUCCCCGCCAUAUUGAAGUUCAGGUAUUUGCAGACAAGCAUGGAAAUUGCGUGGCGCUCGGUGAAAGAGACUGCAGUAUCCAGCGGCGACACCAGAAGAUUUUGGAGGAGUCUCCGGCCCCUCAUCUGGUCGACUCGACCAGAAAAGACAUCUGGGAGAAAGCCAGGGCGGCUGCUCUGGCUGUUGGCUAUGAGGGAGCGGGCACUGUUGAGUUCAUUUUCGACAACGACACGGGCGAGUUCUUCUUCAUGGAGAUGAACACUCGUCUACAGGUCGAGCAUCCCGUCACUGAAAUGGUCACUGGACAAGAUCUCGUGCACUGGCAACUCUUGGUUGCCGAAGGAGCUCCUCUACCUCUAACGCAAGAAGAAGUGGAAGCAAAGAUUGCUACCAGCGGUCAUGCCAUUGAGGCCAGAAUAUACGCCGAGAACCCUGACCAGGGAUUUGUACCUGAUUCAGGUCGCCUGAUUCACGUUCGCACCCCUCAAACGACGGAAGACGUUCGCAUUGAUGCUGGAUUCGUCGCUGGAGAUGAAGUCUCUUCACAUUACGACCCGAUGAUUUCCAAGUUAAUUGUCAGGGGAGCCGACCGCACGGAAGCUCUUCGAAGUCUCGCAACCGCUCUCGAGCAGUAUGAAGUCGCUGGCCCAAUGACCAAUAUCGAGUUCAUCAAGCGAGUAUGUAGAAGCGCGGAUUUCGUAGCGGGCGAGGUAGAAACAGGCUACAUCGAAAAACACCGCGACGAGUUGUUCAGAAAAGACCCUAUUGAGCCCGAGGUAUUAGCCCAGGCGACUUUGGCGUGUUACUUGGACAGCAGUUCGGCCGGGCCAGCCGGCUCUACUAUCGGCUUUAGCCCUGCAUAUCAACAACGACAGUUCUCGUUCGUUCAGGCCACCGCCCCAGGCGAGCCAGAGGGCACUCCAUUCUCUACCCAGAUCCAACAAACCGGACCCAACAGCUUUGAUAUCACAGUCGACGGAAAGACAUUCACGAAUGUUACCCGCCAGAAAGAUACCGCUCCCAACGUACACUCGUCAUUUUUCCCUCAUACACGACUUGACACCACUGUGGUGCGGGACGAGGAUAAUGUCACAGUAUUCCAACGAGGGAAGCAAUAUCGUCUUCGAAUCCCACGCGCGAAGUGGAUGGAGAAGGCACUGGGCAUCAAAGAUACGGCGAACAGUGUGAUUGCGCCCAUGCCAUGCAAGAUUUUACGGGUGGCGGUCUCGGAGGGCGAUAAAGUGGAGAAAGAUCAGCCGUUGGUUGUUAUUGAAAGUAUGAAGAUGGAAACGGUGAUCAGGGCUCCUCAGGACGGAGUGAUAUCAAAAGUGGUACAUAAGCAAGGCGACAUUUGCAAAGCUGGAACGCCUUUGGUGGAGUUUGCUGGUACUGAAGAGAAAUAG